AUGAACCGGGGCUUCGAGGCCGUGUCUGAAGACACCUCAAAUCUCGGACAUGUCGCGCUGGCAUGCCAGAUACAUCUACAAGAGCUAUUGAAGGAAGGGGAAUCUCAAGAGGAUGCUACUAAAGCUGGAGAAGGGUACAUGUACUGGGCCUCUCGUCAAUCUGCCGAAUUUAACCUAUGGUGCACCAAAGUUGGAGUCUACGGCGAGGGUCUGAGAGCCAUUGAUGUGAGAUUAAAGGAUAUACCAGGGAUUUUUGAGCUUCUAACGCAGCUCCUUCAGUCGCUGGAACAUGACCUUGCAGAACUGCGACAACCCGACAAAGAACCCGAACAUGCGCUCAACGACCAUGAUGGUUUAGGUGAUGAUUCUCAGUCAGAUUCAUCAUCUCUCUCCUUCAUGUCUCUCUCCUCUUCUGAAAAGUCGGAGGCAGAGGCGGAGGCAAAGGGCGUCAUCGAGAAUGCCCUUUCAGCGUCUGAGAAACGCCAUGCAGCGUUACGAACACAUGUCGAAGACACAAUCGAUCGACUACAUGGCCACGCACUACAAAUUGACCGCGCGGGAGCCAAACACCGACGGGAGCGGAUAGAAGUUUAUCGACAGAAAGAAGCCCCCAAAUGGGCUUAUGAAGCGUACAAGGAACUCGCAAACCGAGCAGCUAAAAGUUACUUUCCGUCCGCGUCUGAGACAUUUCGACAGAGAAUAGGGGAAUCGUUCGCUAGGCGCAGAAUUCGCUUCGAUUACCUCGCGGAGCACCAAAAGAAGAGAGCCGUUGGAGCGACUGUUCAUCAGCCGCAACCCUCACCUGUCAAAGUUCCAUCUGCUAAAGGCACCGAUGAGCCAGCGCAUGUAUUCAACACAAAGGAAGACGAUGCAGAUGCAUUCAGUCAACGUGUCUCACAUGAUCAGUACACCGUCUAUUCAGCUACCGUGAAUACCAAACUCGAUAUACAGCCUCAGCCAAGGCACCAAGAACGCGCAGAGAGCGUGGCCUCUGUAGCGCUGCGGCAUCCCGGAUUCCCGCCACCUCCUAAACUCUGUGGCGAUAGUUUUCAGUGUCCAUAUUGUCGACUGGAUUUUCGUGCCCAUGAGGCAGGGAAAGAGCGCUGGAGCCAGCAUGUCAUUCAAGAUUUCGAGCCGUAUUUCUGCACCUUGGAGAAAUGUAAAGCGCCAUUUGAUGUACCCAACUCUUUUGAUGGCCUGUUAGAUCACUUGCAGAGCCAUCUCGAAGAGCGAUACCAUAUCGAUAUGCCAGACGGGAAGCACGAGGAGUUUGAUGAAACAGAGUUUGAACGUCAUCUUGCACGGCACGGAGAAAUGUCCGCUGAAAUGGAAUCUAUCAUGAAGAAAGCGAGUCGACGCAAAGGCCCGUUCUUGUUUGACAGCUGCCCUUUCUGUGGGGGCUAUCCCGAUGUUAUUGAAAAGCUCUUCCCAGACUCGGAUACUCUAGAGGCUCAAAAGGCGUUGCGAAAACACAUUAAACAGCAUAUGCAGGAUAUCGCCCUUUUCCUUCCUCCGUACCGAGAGGAUAUCUUGGACGAAGACGACGACCUCAAAAGCUUUGCUGUCACGGGCCAAAGUGCCAACAUUGAAGACAUCGAAGGUCUAGGGGAGUUUCCGGAGAUUUGUGACCAAAAAGACUGUGAUUGCAAAAGUCGAGGAAGAAGUAUCACAGAUGUUUUGACAGAUGUAUCGAUUACAGUAACGCCGGAAGACAUGGACACCCAGGUAUAUAUUCCAACACUGACACUCCCAUAUGAUACAGACCCGGAUCUCUGGAAGGAGCUGUUUCCCACUUCUGCUGUAUACGAUAGCUCCCCGGUGCCAGAUGAGUAUUUUAUCGGAGACGAGCAUCUUCGAUCGUUCAUCGCAUCGCUUUCACCACAAUCUCACGAUAUUUCACCAUCGAUAUCUAAAAUAGCCGAGGCUCUUAGUGCAUAUAACCCGAUUGAGGAUUCACAGGCUUUCCAAGAUUGUAUGAGAUCGCUAGCCGUUCCAGAGAUAGACACGGAGAUUAGCCACUUCCAUCCCAUCACGAAGAUCACAGGCGAGUGGGUAUUUGAGCGCAAGGAAUAUUUGGACUGGGUUGCUGGUCACCAUACGCUGCUCUGGAUAAACGGUAGACCGGGUUCAGGAAAAACCUCGUUACUAAACCGUCUUCUUGCAAAACAUCGAAAUAAGACCAAUUCUGGAACCAGCGAUAUUGUCCUCUCUUUUAACUUCAGACGCGAUGGCGAUGAGCUCCAAAAGGCUCGGCACGACCUUUACCAGUCUCUUCUCUAUCAAGUUCUCGAGCAGGCCCCCGAUACAUUACCUGAACUUAUUAGAACCUUCGAACAGAGAUGCAAGCAAAGCAGAGAAACAGGUGAACCAUGGCACUGGGACCCAGAUGUGCUGCGGCUAUUCUUUGUAAUAGCUGUUUCAAGAAUCUGCCAGUCUGACAGUAUCUGGUUGUUUCUUGACGCUCUGGAAGUAUGCAGUCAAGAGAAUGUCGUCUGUCUUACUGAAGAACUCGAGGCUUUAAUCCCCCCCUCAUCUGCCAGCUCGAAAAAGGCCCAUGUGUGCCUGACCGGUCAUAGUCAUAUGCACUUGGAUCCAAACAUUUCCUUGCAAAUAUAUCCCGAGAACGAGAACCAAGGUGAUAUGGUAAUGCACAUACGGGAUCAAAUUUCUGAAGCUACACUGCGCGCAACUAAUAUUUUGCCAAUCAUUAUUAAGAAAGCUAAUGGAGUCUUUACACUGGCGAUUCUUUUCGUGGAAAAAGUGCUAGAACUUGAGCGAAAACAAGUCUCGGCGCAAGUCAUCGAAGAAGAAUUAGAAUAUAUCGGCUCGGCCAUCGAGCUAUAUCACAAUCUCAUUGCAAGACGUCGACCACUUUCAUGGUCUCUAAGGACCUUAUACACCAUAGAUGAGGCCAUAACCCAACUGCUUAUUGAUGAGGAUGCAGAGACUUGGUUCAAACAAACACUCGGCCAGACGCCCCUAUUAUGGGCUAUGGAAAGGGGAUAUGAAGUGGCAGCUAACAUGUUGCUUGAUAAAGGCGCCGAAAUGUAA